CUAGCUUCAGUCGACCCGAGUCCGUCGUCCGUCAAGGGUUAAGGUUCGACAGUUGUGUUGAUUCGGUGGACUCGUGAUAUUUGGCGUGCGUCCAGUCUCCCGGACGAUGUAACAUGGCGAUGGUCGCGUCCAACAUGAGUGGUCACAUACAAAAACAGUUAACCCGUUCGUUGGAGCGGAUUUUAGAAGAGGCGCACCUCAGCGGCGAGCUAAAACUGAGUGGUCGAAAGCUGAAGGAGUUUCCGAAAACCGGCGUCAAGUACAACCUAUGCGACACCGUUACCGCUGAUUUGUCGAAAAAUCGAUUCGCGGAAUUGCCUGAAGAAGUAACCGAGUACCCUUUUCUGGAGAAACUUCAACUCUACCACAAUGCGAUUCGUGUCAUUCCCGACACCGUCGUCAUGCUGCAGUCCCUGGCCUACCUUGACUUGAGUCGCAAUCAACUCACCACUCUUCCACGGGAAGUAUGCCGCCUUCCGCUUCAAACUUUACUCGUCGCUCACAACCGGCUGGUUUCCCUUCCCGAAGAACUGGGCAGGAUGUCAGCGCUGGCUGAACUCGACGCUGGGUGCAAUGAGAUAUCUACUCUUCCACCGCGGAUCGGAGAUUUGCCAAGACUCAGGAGCCUCGACUUGAGGAGUAAUCUUUUGGUACAGCUACCGAUAGAGCUCACGUACCUUCGGCUGGUCAAGCUCGAUGUCAGUGGAAACCGAAUAUCGGUGCUACCUAACGAGCUCAGGAAAAUGAAGAGCCUCAUUGAACUCAAGCUGAUGGAAAACCCUCUGACCUCGCCGCCUGCUUCGUUGUGCACCCGUGGUCGUAUUCAUAUCUUCAAGUACCUUGAGAGACAAGCCGUGAAGCACGAGCGUGCGAGGGGCGGAAGGGCUCGACGCAUUCCCUUGGAGGCCCGCGGACACGCCACCCUUGACACGAGGUCCCACAGACGCCACAACGUCGACAGCGGAUACAGCACAAGCGACGGGGUUGACAAACGAUGGUCGCAGGAAAUCCACCCUGGGUUCCUUCUCAUUCCCCAGGUCCACGAAGGCGACGUUCGCGGACCUUGGCGUCAAGAAUGCUCACCGCUGUCCAUCCCUCUGCCUGCCCGGGAACCAGCAGCAACCAAUGGCACGUGCAGCGGUACUUCUACACCCAGCACGAUAUCGCCGGGGGAGCACACCUCGCUCGAAGAUGAACUAGGAAAGGCAAUGAUACUGCACGACCAGCUUGAGAAGCGGAAGUUGGAAAGAAGCACAUCUGAUAAUAGUGGUGACCCGCGGAGAAUAACGGCAGCUAAUUGUCCAAAUUCAUCUACUGUAUCAGGCCACUUGGAAAGUGUUCCGUUGACCCAAAUCACACACGAACCACCCCUUGGCACCUCGCAAUCUAUACAACCUAUUCAAACAACAGUCAACAAUUCGCCACAGGUCAAUGGAGAUGAAAAGAGGCCUUUGAAUCACAUCCAAACGUACAGGGAAUACAAAGAGGCUUUGAGACAGCAGAGGGUGAACGAAGGGCCUAGCGUGUACAGGCUAUGCAAGCAGACCACACCGCCAGGCAAUGAAUCAUCGAACGAAUCCCACAGCAACGAAGCAUCAGAUGCUAAUCAAUCCAAAGAUAAUUCUCAGUCUAAGCAAAUAUUCACCGAUGAAAAUUCUCUAAAAAGGCCGGUACAGAAAGUACCACCGUCCCGUAUCAAUUAUCAAAAUGCAGGCAUUUUCAAUGGCGGUAGCAAUAACGAGUAUAACAACAAAAACGGAAAACUGACUGAGCAAAUUUACAGAAAGCCUAACUCACCGAUAAAAACUUCCACUAGCAUUUCAUCAAUAAAUUCUAGCCCAAGUCAUGCGCCAAGACUCGUCAAAACUGCUAUAGGAUACGUGGAUGGUAACAAGAGUCCAAAUAGAAAUGGUGGGAGUCCUAAAUCGACACGGUCUGUCACAUGGAAUAGUAACGUGCCUGAGAAAUAUUCAUUCACAAUGCGCAGAGAAUUCGAGCGAGCCAAAGAGGAGGCAGACUUGAUUGAACAACUUAGAAGUCACAUAGAGACAAGACUGAAGAUGGCUCUUCCAGAAGACCUGGCGCCGGCGUUGACCGACGGUGUUGUCCUCUGUCAUCUGGCAAACCACGUUAGACCUCGUUCUGUUGCCAGUAUUCACGUUCCUUCUCCUGCUGUGCCGAAGCUGACAAUGGCAAGAUGUAGGCGGAACGUUGACAACUUUCUUGAAGCGUGCAGAAAGAUCGGAGUAGACGAGGAGGUGUUGUUGGACGCGGACGCGAUCAUGGACGUGGGUUACAUGGAUGCCUAUGGGCUGGAGGCUCUCGGGCGUCUAGUAUCAGCGCUUGUUGAAUUAGAGGGCUUCGAGGAACCUGCAGGUUCAUCUCGUACGAUUCAGGACAGCGUCCUCUCCGCGAUGCUUUUUGCCACGUUUAUUACUACUCUGAUGCUACUAUAUAUUUUUCCAAUACCUGAGUAGGAAAGUUAAUUCCUGAACAGUUGAUGGACCUUUUAUCAUUUUGCUGCAACAGCUGUAAUUCUUAGCAUUAACAUUCGCUGCAUAGUUUGUAGGAUAUAACAAAUCGCUUAAAUGCAAUCUGGACAUGUAUAUCAAAACGGUGCUUAAUUAUUAAUUAAUACGCGUCAAGGAUGAAAAAAUAAGAGACGGCUGAUUAUUUCACAAGUUGGCGAUACGUAAGAACACUUUUGUAAGAAAAUAUUUUAUGCGUUCUAAUGAAUCUAGCUUUGUAACGUUAAACAUGCCUUUGAAGUUAGAUAUUCCUAGUGUAGUCGACCAAAACGCCGAGGCUCUCGAGAAUUGAUUGGCCCGUGAACGAUUAGAAUUUCUUGCCAGAAUGAGCAGAUGUAUCUGUAACUAUUAAUUGAGCUUUCGUUUCUUCGAACAUAUCAGAAAAUAUUUGUAACGUUUUGCGGUGUAAAUUAUUCGGCAUAUGUCAGAAACAUUUACAGGACGAACAGUUCUCAAGCAGUAUAGCCCAACAUAGACGGCAGGACAUAGCAGAGCAGGGUCACCGCGUUCCUGCUGCUGCUAACUUAUUUUCAUAGAUGCGCGCCAAAUGUAUUUGUAUACCUACGUGUAAAAUUCAUACGCGUAGCACGAGUAUUAAUACGAAUUAUAUUUAAUAUUAAUCAAUUAAUCAAUUUAUUACGAAGCUUCGAUUCAAAGGCGAAAUUUUUCCUCGUGUAAGUUACAUACCAAAUGGUUAUUUUGACACGUGUUUCUAUCCUAUUGGAUACAAGUUUGGAAUUGACAUCAAUUUUUGAUACUAGCAUUUAAAUUUGUCUUUGAACUCGUAACAACGUAAAUUUACAUACAUAUAUUGUAUUAGAUUAUACUGUAAUAACUACGUACAAAUUAGCGAACUAUAUUUAUACCAUUUCACAGGAAUCUUUUGUAAUUCAGGCAGGAAUUACCAAUUACUCAUUUUCAAUGCUACUGUAAUAACUUUGCAUAAUAUUCGCUACAUAGCAGUCAUUGCAACAAUCUCAUCUACCCGUAGGCAUUAUUAUAUUUUGAAAUCUAAGUGAACUGUUGCCAUUCAAAGUUUCAGCCUCUAGUCUCAAUGAUACGUUCUAUCUAGUCAUGAUAUAUAUCCAAGCUGAAUGGCAACCGAUUUUUCGCAGGGAAUAGCUGGAUAAUAAUUGAUAUUAUUUUAUUUUCAUUUUUGAACAAUCUCAGUUUUGUCAUUUCAUUUCAAAUUUUGAAAAUACUUUUUGUAUUGUUGCAAAGUGAGUUUAACGUUAAUGGAAUUUGAUUAUCAUUAGGCAGAUGGAUAUUUGAACAGAAACGUAAACCGUGUUUGUUCCUAUUUUUAUAACUUCUCUCCUAAAAUUGAAGCUAGUUUCAACUAAUUUGUACAUUGGUCUGAUGUGAAGGUUUGUUUGUAAUGUAAAUACCAGAUGUCUAUAUUCUGCAUUUUAAUUAUAAAAUCAGUAUUAAUAAAAUUGGGCACCCGCCCAGAUACGAACAUUGAUAUGCUAAAAGACUGGAUUUGAAGGAUAGUUUUUAUUCUGAUGUCGUCGGCUGAGAACAAGAACACCCUAUCUCA